AUGACUUCAGCAGACAAUAACGAAUGGGACGAGUGGGAAGAUAGCAGCGCUGCGUCGUCCCCACGAUCCCCAACAAGCUCUUGUUUUCGUGACCAUGAAAAUAAGAAUGAGGCGCAAUCCACAAGACCUGACUCAUGUUCAUCUGAUUUAGAGGAGUGGGAAUUCGAUUUGUCAGAACUCGAACAAGAGAUGUCGACUCUUGCUCCAGCUGCCUGUGCAACGCCGUUCAGCAUGUCAGACGUCGCUGAAAGCAGCGAAGAGAAGAUAUUUUUAUCACUGGACAGGCUUCCUUCCGAAUUGCGGGUCAAUAAUGAGCGAAUGCAAAUACUUGAGGCUCUAGCAUUGGUCGCACAUAUGCACGUCAUAUCCGUACGGGAUCGCUUCGCACAGCUGCAGAAUAAUGCACAGAGCACUCACGAUGAGAUAAAAAGAAUUACUUUGGAGUUGCAGCAGCUGGCUGGAGAUUGGGGACGUCGAGAACUAUUGGAGACGACGUUAGUGGCCACAGAACGCCGACAACUCGAAGAAAUGUCGGGAUUGUUGCAUAAUGCUAUGAGUGCUGACCACGAAGAUCUGACGCUGUUUCAAGAGGUGGUGGAGCAGCUAUUUGAAGGGUUUCCAGAUAAAAAACUGGUGCUAUCCACAAACUGGCUAAAGGAUGAAAGAGAGAUGAAGGACGAAUACAAGACGGACAGCUAUAUUAAUCAGAUACUGGCCAUCCGCGAUGAUGUAGCGUCAAAGACUAGCCGCAUACCAACAUUAUCAGAAGCUGAAAUUUUUCAAGACGCCAAGGACAUUGGACGUGAUGAGCUACUGAUUAAUGGGGAACGUGUAGAAGGUAAAAGAGGAUACGAUGCAGUUGUCGACGCCUUGCAGCGUGAGUUGGAAUUUGUCCUGGCACAUCAAGUCGGUAAAACGCCGGAACAGACGCCCAUGGAGGUGAGCAAUGCUCUUCAUUCGGUAGCAAUGGCAGUACUGCAUGCAUGCAAUCGAACAGAAUCAGGUGGGUGCUCGUACGAACUACUGACUAAAUUUCUCAGUAACCACGAGGUGGAUCGAGUUCUACUUCGACCUGCGUCAGCACGUGCUACCCCGCUUCAAAUUGAUUUGGAUGUUGGCCCAUACUUGGAGACUAUAUUAAGCGCAAAGGAACAAAUGUGGGCUUUUGGUCUUCGUGUCAAGCUUACAGCAGUGACGUGGUAUCUCGUGUGUGAUGCAAAAGACCCGUCAAACGAACUAUACGAGGUAGAAACUACGUUUUGCAACCGACUUGCCUUCCCAAUUGGACUAACGCCAUUUCAUCCAUUGGACAAUAUGCGCAAAGAUUGUGGUAACGUUGCUAUUCGCUUGGUGUCAUUGUAG